UUUCUUUUUUUUUUUUAAACAAUUUUAGCUUUUUUUUUCUACAAUUAAAUAAAAAAAAAUAUGUCUGAACUACAGCUAGAUGAAAAGAAAAGUGUUUCUUUGGACGACAAGCAUUUAGAUGAUACUCAAACAAUAUAUGAAGAUAAAGAAAAGGCAAAUAAUUUAUCACCAGAGUUGAUAGCUGCCGAAAAAUCCUUAAUUAGAAAACUUGAUUUCAUUUAUGUUAUGCCUUGUAUUGCUGUUCUAAAUUUCUUACAGUUUUUCGAUAAAUCAGCAUUAAAUUAUUCUAAUGUACUUGGUAUUAAAACAGAUACUCAUAUUGAUGAUAAGCAGUUCAGUUGGUUAGGUUCUAUUUUUUAUCUCGGUUACUUAAUUUACCAAGUUCCUAAUACUUACUUUAUUCAAAGAUUACCUAUUGGAAAGUAUAUUGGUACACUUAUCGUCAUAUGGGGUGUCGUACUUACGGUGACAUGUCUUGCUAAAAACUUUGCUCAGUUAGCUGCUCUUCGUUUUUUGCUUGGUUUCUUUGAAGCUGGUAUCUAUCCUUGCUGUAUUAUGAUUAUCAGUUCUUUAUAUCGUCGUAAAGAACAAGCUGGUCGUAUUGGCUUUGUUUAUAUUUGCAAUGGUAUUGCUAUGGCAAUUGGUGGUCUUAUAGGUUAUGGUAUUGGCCAUAUGAUGGGUGUUAGAGGCAUGAACGCCUGGCAAUGGAUUAUGAUUAUUUUGGGUGCUGCUACUAUUACUUUUGGUAUCUUUUGUUUCUUUUUACUUGCUGAUAAUCCUGAUUCUAAACUUCUUCAUCUUACACCGGAGCAAAAAACGGUAGUUCAUCUUCGCACAUUGGAUAAUGCUACUGUCAUUACAAAACAAAUCAAAUUUCAUCAUAUGCUUGAAUCGCUCAAGGAACCUCGUUACUAUUGUUUUAUUUUUGCUUCCCUUCUUUUCAAUCUCCAAAAUGGUGCUCUUAACACUUUUAGUGCUGUUAUUACCGCUGGUUUUGGUUUUUCUAACUUGAAUGCUAUUUUACUUACAGUACCUUCAGGUGUAGUUGAUUGUAUUUAUAUUGUUUUUGCUAUUUGGUAUAAUCGUCGUUAUGGUCAAACACUUCAUCUUGCUUGUAUUCUCCUUGGUGUUACUAUUCUUGGCCUCAUCUUACUUAUCGUUAUCCCCCUCCCUCAAGUUAAACUCCUUGGACUCUAUAUGUGUUGGGCCUUCUGUGCUUCUUACGUUUUGUUCUUGACCUCUAUUGCUAAUAAUGUAUCUGGUUACACUAAGAAAAUUUUUUAUAGCAGUUCUGUCAUGGUAUUUUAUACAGUAGGUAACUUUGCCGGUCCUCAAAUGAUGGUAGCUGAACAAAAACCCUUGUACCUUGGUGGUAUGAUCGGCUAUAUUGCUGCUGAUGCUAUCUGUAUUAUUCUUUUACAGAUUGCUCGUUACUACAUGGAUAAAUCUAACAAAGAACGCAUUGAAACUCCUUCAAGUGAUAAAGUUCAUGUAGCUGAAGACCUUACUGAUAGGGAGGACCCUCAUUUCAUUUAUAGACUUUAAAAAAAACAGAAAAAAAGAAAAAGAAAAAUACACAUUAUAAAUUCAUUUUUUAUACCUUCAUAUGUUCCCUUAUUUAUAAUAGUCAUCUAAUAAUUUGAAUUAUUAUUUCGAAUAUAUAAAUAAGUCAUAAUACCUUCUUAUAAAGAAUUAUAUACUUUUUUACUGCUAUGAAGCAUAUAAUAAAAGGGUAUCAAAGAAUACUCAAAAAAAAAAAACCCUAUUAGUCUUUAAUAAAAUACAUUAUUGUCCUAUGC